AUGCGCUACGGACAGGUCGUUUCAGUGUUCUCGGCAGGAAAAAAUCAUCGUGGAGAGUACCAACAUAGCGUGUUUUUUACAACAAAGAAUGGAGCAUGGCUUGGACAUAAAGCUAUUGCGGGCAAGCAUCUCACGAGAAUCGGAGGCAUGUCUGUGAGAGCAGUCGGGACGAGGAGUAUACAGGAGACAAACCCGGACUUUUGGGCUCCACCGUCAAAGUUCAAGAAACCGCAACCAAAGGGCAACUUGAUCGGAGUACCGUCCAACUCUCCGGCAACGAGCAGGCCCACAGGAACAACAUUGAUCGGUUCAACGCCGCUAGUAGCAAAGGCUUCGCCGCCGGUUGUUUCGGUUUCCCCAAAGGAUGUAGUGACUAGUUCCAACAUAAAGCUCUAUGACCGCACACCGGUCCCAUCGAUAGUUCCCGCCAAGAGACAGCACCACCUCAGCAAAGUUGACAAUACAAAUUACUCGUCCGCCAAGGAACAGCGUGCCCAUAUCGACCUCCGUAAAAACAAGCCCAUUUUAUCAUUUCACAUCUGUCAUCCAGGUGACCUUAGGGGCCGAAAUCGUUACGAAGAUAACGCCAGCCAGAGCGGGACGCGGCAGGAUUGGUACAGCACUGCCUUUAUCUGCUACGAGUCCUUGUACAACCAGUCGUCCACAUCUGAUGAGGGGAGCCUCUCCAUGUCGACAGUCGCCUGGGGCUCUCAGUUGGACAUUUCGACUUUUCAACUUCAUUAUGGGUCGCUGUUCGUUCCUAAUGGCAAAAGGGAAGAAAUACCGGUAGCGUCUAGCAUGACGGUUGAGAUGAGGCAAUACGGAGACAAGGAGUCUGCAGCCGAGGUGCUUGCUAUCCGCAACGACGGAUAUUUGCCUUCAAUAGCCAAAGCGAUGCGGGAAGGCGCUAAUGUGGCAUCGCGGGGUAAAAUCAUGUCAAUGAACAGGCAGAAGGGACUUUACUUGUGGGAUAUGAAAGGCGAAGCUGAGGAUGCCAUGAUCCCUCUCGUCAAACUGUCAACCGAGCAGUCGGGAACACCCUGGAUCGACGCCAAAGGCAUGGAUGUUUGCAGUGUUGAUUCCUAUGGUGUUAUAAACAGCUACGACCUGACGAAAGCUGUCAACUCUUAUCGCGGAUCAACCACCACAGUCGAGCAUACACACACCACCACGAUUGAUAAUGAGUACUCGUUCCACUCGACCUGUAUCUCGCUCAAUGCUCUGGAUUCGACCAUCCUCGUGGGGUCUGGAGAGGUUGCGCAGAUUGCAUGCUGGGACACAAGAUCACCUACCGCCGCUGCUACAACCUCCUUUGCGUGUCAAUACAAGUCGAGCAUGUCGAGUGGACUGCGGUCUUUUGAUCCGAUAUAUGGUAUCGAGUGGAACCCGCUCAAGUCGAACGAGUUCAUGACCGUACACCCACACACCAUUCGCGUUUGGGACACAAGAAAGAUGAACAAUGAUGCAUACGCCACAUUCCACAACAUGGGCAGCGGCGAAACACUGAGGAAAGCGCUAUGGAAUCCUCGUCGCCCAGACAUUAUUGCGAGUCUGAGCGUAGCGGGCCAGGUCAAGAUCUGGAAACUCAACAAAUUCGACUGUCCUGCCGAUCCUACCACUUUGGUCCAGAAACCUGAGCUUCUCUUUGUUCAUCGUGGCCAAGAUCUGGAGGCCGAGAAACCUCCAUAG